AUGGCUUGCAAAUUUCUUUGCCACCUAAUCAUCUUCGCCAUCAUCACCUUCGUCGUCCAAGGAUUCUGUGGACUUGAUAACGUUACUCUGAAACAAUCCAAGUCCGGAAUGGUUCAGAACAAACCAGUGUGGAAAGUGACAUUGAUGAACCCAUGUAGAUGCCCACUCACUAACCUAAAGUUGUCGUGCACUGGUUUCGAAUCGGUUGUACCCGUUGAUACGUUGACAAAAACUGGCGAUGUGUGUCUUCUCAAAAAAGAUAUACUUGGAACCUUCGUUUUCACAUACGUAUGGGACACUAGCUUCGAGCUCAAGGUCAUUAGUGGGACUAUUAAGUUCAAGGUCGUUAAUGGGACGAUCACUGGUUGUACAUGA